UUUUACACAUCAACCACCAAAUUUUAAUUUGAUUUUUCAAACCAACUAAUAGAUUAUGUUUCCAAAAACUAUGUGUUAUGUAUGGUCCCUAAGCUUGUUCCUCAUUUUAAUAAAAAUAACAAUUAGGUCUAACUCAAAUAGGUUGUUGCAUAAAGUUCGAUUAAUGAUGUGUCCCGACGAGUUAAUUCCAGGAUCUAAACGACCAUGGCAAUAAAACAUAAUUGUAUCUGUGUGCAUCCUUAACUAAGCCUAUGAUAUUAUGAAGUAAUUAGGAUCCUCAAAAAUUAAUAACACAUAACCUUGUAUGCUAAAUACUUAACCCAAAGGUGAUUAGUUAAUUUCUACCUACCUGUAUGAUGAUUAGUUUUUGGUUGACUUGUAGGUAUAUAAGAAAAAAAUAUUUGUGUUGCAACUAUCACAAACUUACCAUCCUUUAAAGUGUACACACGCAAUGGAUAUCACACACGCUGAUCAUUUGAAUUUUUCUGAUCCACAUGGAUACUGUCGGUUAGUAAUUUCGGAUAACUCAAAUCGGUUUCUGAUACCCCGGAAAAGAAGAAAUUUGGGCAACGAGAUUCAAGAACUCCACAUAAUGAACGAUUCCAAUGUGAUACCACCAUCAACAACAGGAUAUUUCGAAAAGGCACUCAUCUGUAAUUUUAUUGACGAUAUCUUGGCAGCCCAAAAGACUCAACCCUGUGAAGCUGAAGUUGCAAGGCGAAAACUGUUCCUGCCAUCUAGAUCUGUCUUACGCAAAGCAAAAACCACUCAUAAAAAUAAGAGCAUUCACUUGAAUUUGUUUAAGUUUCAAAAAACACAUAGUAACAAAGUGUUGCGUAAGAUCAAAAAGAAUUACUUGGACGAAGCGCGACGGAAUGUUCUCUCACAAAUUGCCAGUGAACGUUUAGUUCACAAACGUCGAUCAUCCUCAACAUCAUCUUCCCAGGACUCCAAUGACUCAAGGAAUUGCAAAAGGUUACGGAUGAGCACUAAGGAACCCCCGCAAAGUAUUCUUGUGAAUCCGAAUUUCAAUGGAAUGUUCCUUGUGAAUACUGAUUCCGGAGUAUUUCCAAUUGACCCAAGUAAACUUUCAGAGAUUUGUAAAUAUCAUGAUAAUAUGGUGAGACAACAUCCGGCUAAAGUUCGAACCGAGCAUGAACAGGUUAAACGUGAUUUAAAUACCGAAGCAUGUCGUUUAAGUCGAAGAGUAAGCAAACUAGCUGGAAUUAUUCUAGAAGAGCAGUAUCGUGAGAGGACAUUGGCAAACAAUAAGAUUGUAGAGGAAUCUAUCAGAUCUAUUCAUUAUUUGAAGUCAUUGUUGGAUAUGUUAUUGGAAAGGGAUUAAAAUCAUAUACCGGGAUAUUUGAAAGUAAACAAAUAAUAAUUUUAAGCAAAUCAUUAAUUUAAGCAAUGUAAAUAAAGUAGGUACAGAAUACAAUUUUUUAUACAUAAAAAUUCUUUGUUUUAUUAUUCGGCCCUAUCGUGUCGUGAGUUCCACAUGAAUAAGAUUCCAUCCGGAAAAAUUGAAUUUUACUUUCCCCUGUUGUGAGUUCCUCUCAUUUUAUUUUCAACUUUUUUUCAUGUAGAUAAUUUGCGAGGUAUUUGACAGCUCUUCUCUCACUUAAAUUUUGGUGCCGAUUGCCGAACAAGAAACUAGUUUUAGCGGAAAAUGUGUAUUCUCUUCGGGCGAAACUCAUGA